GCCUCCCUCUGUCUCCUAAUCUCACACACUCUCUCUCUCUCUCUCUCUCUCUCUCUCUCUCUCUCUCUCUCUCUCUCUCUCUCUCUCUCUCUCUCUCUCUCUCUCUCUCUCUCUCUCUCUCUCUCUCUCUCUCUCUCUCUCUCUCUCCUCCUCUCCCGCUCUCUCUACCACUGUAUCCCACUGUCUCACACGGACACACAUACACUAUCUCUCUCUCCCACUGUCUCACACACACACACACACACACACACACACACACACACACACACACACACACACACACACACACACACACACACACACACACACACACACACACACACACACACACACACACACACACACACACACACACACACACACACACACACACACACACACACACACACACACACACACUCUCCCACUCUCCCACUCUCGUUCGCGUCGCCUUUCUUCUCAAUCUCACCGAGCGAGAGGACGGAGGAUCUCGUGCUCACUGCUGGACAUGAGAGGAUUCAAACUAGCACACCGGGAUCGCGCAGGACAAACACUGAGGUAGAGUAGGAGAGAGGAAGAGUAGGAGAGGAGCAGGAGGAGCAGGAGGACCGUGGAGGAGACUGAACAUUGUGGCCAGAGACUUCGCGGUUUCCUAAACUACUGACGGCUGCAAUUAGCUGCAAUCAAUCAACCAACCAAACGCAUUGACAACGAGUCGUCUCUUUUGUAUGUUUUGUACAUGUGCCGAAAUAUAUACGAUGGUUUGAAUCAGGAGCAUGUAUCCUACUAUUGUUCCUAGAGUUUUUAAUCUUUCAUCGGUACCCUGACCUUGAUAUCGACUGAUCAGGUGUCCCUAUAGUUAGGCUGGAGGCUCGCGGUCCCUCCUGAUUGAAACACUUUCAGAGACUUGAGACCACAUUCCCAUUUUCGUGCAUCUCUUUGUUGCUCUUCGUGACCCGGACAGGCUCACGGAGGCACGACGGAUCCGCCGGUUCUGAAGGACCUUGACACCCUGUUGGACAACCAAGUGGACCGGCCCGUCCGAUCCCAAACGUUUAAAAUGUAAACCCGACUGAACCCUGGAUCAGAGGAAUAUACAUCUGCGAGCCUCCGGCGGUAGUAUCUCGUCUCCUCACGGUGGAGGUCCAUGCUUCCUAACUUCAGCGGAGGCGAUGGGAGUUAUUUUUGGCUGCGUAAAGUAGAGCGACUUUUCCACGCCGCUGCUCGGACCUAGCCGUCAACCGCUCGGUGGGGGGAAGAGAAGAGGAGAGUCUUAUCCAGAGGGUAGAAGAGGCUCCGGAAACUUCAGCCGCAGUCCAUCGCCUCGGAUCUCCCCGCUGCUCGCCUGCUGAGCCCCAGCGAAACCGACUCACGGAAUAACAGAGACGGAGACCCAAACAACGAGGAGGAGGAGCGGAUUGCGUGUUGAAACGUACAUGAUACAGUGGGAAGGGAGAAGAGGGGGUGUCUCCGCUUUGAAACAAGAAAGAAACUCUUUGCAGCAUCUCUGCUGCGGGAGUCCCCCUCCAGUCCGCUGUGGUUCUCUCCUCCUCCUCCUCCUCCCGACUCCAGCUGGACGCUCACAGCCCGCCCGGUGCUGGACGAGUCAGGACGGCUCUCCUCUCCAUGGUCUCGGCCAGGACUCCGGAAGAACCGGGACAUGAGUGGGAUUAUUUAACCGUUUCUCUGAAUCGAGGCAUUUUGAUUUCUCUUCGCCAUAGCUCUCUCUCAUAAGGAUUAUCCCUCUCAACGGCAGGCUGCCAACCGAAGCAAAGCAAGAUGAGGCCUUACUCCUUCCUCCUCCUCCUCCUCCUCUUCCUUCUCCUUGACUCAGCAGCCUGUGACGACGUCAAGUACAUCUCCAAGAGGAACUCAGUGGACGGGUGCAUCGACUGGUCGGUGGACCUGAAGCGGUACCGGGUCCUGUCCGGCGAGCCCGUCCGGGUCAAGUGUGCCUUGUUCUACAGCUACAUCCGCACCAACUACACCAUGGCCACCAACGCCAAGCUGAGGCUCAUCUGGUACAAGAACAAGGGGGACUCUGAGGAACCCAUCAUCUUCUCGGGCCAUCGGCUGAGCAAGGAGGACGACUCCAUUUGGUUCAGAUCCGCCGAGCUGGAGGACAACGGCUUCUACACCUGCGUCCUCAGGAACUCGACGUACUGCAUGAAGGUGUCCAUGUCCAUGACGGUGGUGGACAGCGACGAGGGACGGUGCUUCAGCAGCCAGAUCCGCCACCUGGAGAAGGCGGAGAUCACGCGCAGCAAGAUGAUCACCUGCCCGGACAUCAAGGACUACAUGGCGCCCUUCAAGCAGCCCACCAUGACCUGGUACAAGGAGUGUGAGCGGGUGGAGUGGCGCAGCGCCAUGGUGGUCAACACCACCCACGUCUGGAUCCCAGAGGUGGAGGAGGACGACGGGGGCAACUACACCUGUGAGCUCCAGUACGGCUCCAGGCUCGUGCGCAGGACCACCCAGCUGAAGGUCACAGGUAGGCCGGCUCCGGGGUCUGGAGGGGGUGGGGGGCUUCGGUGUGUCGGGGUGUUGGGAUAA